UCAGUAUAAAUAUAAAUUGUGACGGAGGGGGAGUUGCAUUACUACAAAAAAAGUUGACAGCGCAACAAUCAGUCAGUGAAGCUCAACACUAGACAACCCAAGCAAGGGAAGAGAAGAGAAGAGAGGAGACGACACAAUCACACAAUCCUAAAGAUGGGUGAGAUGGCAGAUCCAAUCCAGUUCAAAGAUGAGGGGAACAAGCAUUUCCAAGCCGGUGAGGUCGACAAGGCCAUUGAGUGUUACACUAAAGCCAUCAAGUUGUGCACGGACAAAAAGGUUCUCGCCGUUGUCUACAGGAACAGAUCAGCCUGUUUUCUGAAAAAGGAAAGCUACACCAAUGCAGCCUCCGAUGCCUCCAAAGCCAUUGACGUGGAUGCAGCAGACGUCAAAGCCCUGUUCCGGCGCUGCCAGGCUCUGGAGAAGCUGGGCAAGCUGGACAUGGCCUUUAAAGAUGUCCAGAGAUGUUCCACCAUCGAGCCCAAAAACAAGACCUUCCUGGAGACCCUCAGGAGGCUGGGGGCUGAGAUCCAAGCCAAGCUGAAGACAACCUUCUCCACAGACUCACGGGUUCAGAACAUGUUUGACAUUCUGCUUGAUGAGGAGAUGGACAAGGACAAGAAGGAAAUGGCUGCUAACAACCUGGUGGUUCUGGCCAGAGAAGAAGCUGGCGCAGAGAGAAUCUUCCAGAACAAUGGAGUGCCUCUGCUACUGGAUUUGCUUGAGACCGGAAAAGUAGAGAUGGUCCUGGCCGCUAUCCGCACCUUCGCUGGAAUGUGCACUGGACACAAAGCUCGGGCCAUGGCCAUUAUCCACCUGGUGGGCAUAGACAAGUUGUGCAGCAUCAUGGCUGUCGACAACGAGGACAUUGCCUUGGCAACCUGUGACCUGUUCCAGUGCAUCAAUGACUCCCUCACUGGCGGAGACCGGAGGUUUUAUGGGAAGGAGGAAGCCCUGGUUUUGGACGCAAGCAAGGACUUGAAGAGCAUCCUGAUGGCCCUGCUGGAGAUGGUUGCCAGUAAGAAGGUUUCAGGACAUGGCAGAGACCAGGCCCUGAACCUACUGACCAGAAACGUGCCUCGCAAGGACAAGAAAGACCCUGACCACUCCAAGAGCCUCUUUACGAUUGACCACGGUCUGAAGAAGAUCCUGAAGGUGUGUGGCCAGAUACCUGACCUCCCAGACCAGCUGCCCAUGACAGAGAACACUCAGCUCAUCGCCAGCGUGCUCCUCGACAAGCUCUGGGACGACCUGCGCUGCGACCCCGAGAGAGACAACUAUAGGGAAGUCUGUGACGAGUACAUCAAAGGCAAGUUUGACCCCAACGACAUGGACAGGAACAUCCACGCCAUCAAUGCUCUGUCAGGCCUGCUGCAGGGCCCCUUCGAGGUGGGCAACCAGCUGGUGGGUCGCCAGGGCAUCAUGGAGAUGAUGGUGGCGCUGUGCGGCUCCGAGCGUGAGGUGGACCAGAUGGUCGCAGUGGAAGCACUGAUCCACUCCUCGACCAAGAUGAGCCGCGCCUCCUUCAUCAUCACCAACGGUGUGUCACUGCUCAAAGACAUCUACAAGAAGACGAAGAACGAUAAGAUCAAAAUCCGUGCGCUGGUGGGUCUGUGUAAGCUAGGCUCAGCAGGUGGAGAUGACUAUAGUAUGAGGCAGUUUGCUGAAGGCUCCACUGAGAAACUGGCCAAGCAGUGUAGGAAGUGGUUGUGUAACUCUGCCAUGGACACGAGGACCAGGAAGUGGGCUAUAGAAGGUUUGGCCUACUUAACCCAAGACGCUGAUGUAAAAGAUGACUUUGUUGAGGACGAUCCUGCCAUGAAAGCCAUGUUUGACCUGGCCAAGUCUAAAGAUAAGACCAUCCUGUAUGCUGUGGCCUGUACCCUGGUCAACUGCACCAACAGCUAUGAGAAGAAAGACAUCAUGCCUGAGCUGGUUCAGCUGGCCAAGUUUUCUAAGCAGCACGUCCCUGAGCAGCACCCCAAGGACAAGAAAGAUUUCAUCCAGAAGAGAGUGAAGAGGAUGCUAAAGGGAGGGGUCAUCUCAGCUCUCACUGUCAUGGUGAAAGCUGACAACGUUCUCCUGACUGACCAGACCAAAGAGAUGCUGGCAAGGGUGUUCCUUGCCUUGGCAGAUGAUCCCAAAGACCGUGGCACUAUUUGCGCCCAUGGAGGGGGCAAGGCUCUGAUCCCACUGGCUCUGGAGGGAUCAGCUAUAGGGAAAGUAAGGGCUGCACAUGCCCUGGCCAAGAUCGCUGCUGUCUCCAACCCAGAGAUCGCAUUCCCUGGAGAGAGGAUCUAUGAGGUGGUGCGUCCUCUGGUCAGCCUAUUGCAUCCUGAAAGAGAUGGGGUGCAGAACUACGAGGCACUUCUGAGUCUCACCAAUUUGGCUGGUCUCAACGACAAACUGAGGGUGAAGAUCCUGAAAGAGAAGGCUCUCCCUGAGAUUGAGCAGUACAUGUUUGAAGACCAUGACCAUAUCAGACAGGCAGCCACAGAGUGCAUGUGCAACCUGGUGACGUGCAAAGAGGUGCAGGAUCGGUACCUGGAGGAUGGGAAUGAUAGACUGAAGCUGCUGGUGCUGAUGUGUGUUGAGGACAAUGAAAAGCUCCAGAGAGCUGCAGCCGGGGGCCUGGCCAUGCUCACCGCUGCCCAGAAGAAGCUGUGCACCAAGAUGACCCUGGUGACGCUGCAGUGGAUGGAGAUCCUUCAGAGGCUGAUUCUCCAUGAUCAGCCCCAGAUUCAGCACAGAGGCCUUGUGAUCGUGUACAACAUGCUGAACUCGGACGACAACGAGCUGGCCAAGAAGCUGAUGGAGAGCGAGAUCCUGGAGAUCCUGACAGUGAUUGGCAAAGCAAUGGACAACCCCAAGAGGCAGAUUGUAAUCGAUGUGGCACGCACCUGCCUGGUCAAGGCCAUGGACCUCGGGCUCAUCAAGCCCUUCACAACCCCUUAAAGCAGUGUUCCUCAACCUUUUUGUAGUACCAGGGACUGGCAUGCAUUGGUCCUACCCCCUCAAAGGCGCAACACCAAGUUAUUUGUCUCUUGUGGCAAUGAGAGGAAAUACAAACCCAAUCAACCAGAAACAAAUAACACACAUACAGAAAUAAGAACCUGUAUGCCAAUUCCAUUCUAGUCCAAUGAGUGCUCAUGUUCCCCCUCUUAUUUGGCAGGUACAUCUGCAGAUGCCCAUACCGCCUCACUACCCUCAGUCCCCUCAAAGUGUCAGGCUAACACUUGUCACAGGACAUUGAACUUGCAGAUAGUACCUUUAAAAAAAAGAAAUCUACAACUUGAGAGCUAAUUACAGUAACUUGCUUAUGGACUGAUGAGAUUCAUCCCACAGAUCGAGGUCCAGAGAUGUAAGGUUGUAGGCCUAUGGACAGGGAGGCAAGGCGAUAGGACCGAUCCACCUGAGCAAUUAAAGCAGGGUCUGCUCUCCUGAAUUCAGAGACCAUACAAAUAUAUUUAUCUGAGUUUUCAGUCAGUUAAGUAAAGUGUAUUUGUGUUGAUGAGAGGUGUUUGUUUAAUGUAAUUUUUCACUUAAGGAUAAAGAUUGGAUUUUUAGGAAAAUACGCUGUUCGAUUCUUGCAUGGAUUGUUAGGGUUGUCAAUAGAUACCAGACACUCAAACCCCUCCUUUCUAAAAUAUUGGUAUCGUAGUGCACGUACCUACAGUAUUUCUCCCAGUGAUGCCAAUUUAGCAAUUUUGUUGCUAGAUUUAGCAACUUUUCAGACGACCCUGGCAACUAUUGUUUUCAAACAGCACCUGACAACAAAUUUACCUAGUUUUAAAAAUGUAUUUGGAAUUUUUAGCAACUUUUGAAAAGUGACUCAAACGCUAAAAUGCACGCAUUUUCCCUCUAAAUGACACAAAAAAAGAUUCUCUGUCACAACACGGGCCUGGCUGCAAAAGUGCGUUGUGAGUGACGUCAGCAGCAGGCGCUCAGCUGUGCACAGUAAAUUGCAAAUCACUGUUGGCUGACUGCAGCAGCAGUAGUACGGGUUCGACUAGCCAAACCCAAUGAAUAUAGUUGGUCACGAAUGUUUGAUCUUGAACAGAACUUACUUACAACAUCAAUCAAAAUUGUACAGAAAAGAGUGUGUAUGUACCUGAACAAAUGUCAAAUAAUAUUUUUUAAUAUUAAUAUUUUAUGUGUAUUCUACGUAAUGACGCAGUUUUCAUGACGUUAUCGCAAUGACAUCGCAACGUCAUUUAGCAACAAAUCAACCUGCCUCUAGAUGCGAUCACCAUAUAAAUUAAACGAUGAAAAGGCCUGGAAGGAGGAGAGAUGAUUAGAAACUAUUCGGUUGGCCGUUUUAUGUGUGGAUUAAUUGUCGGAGUAGAGGUUCUUGUGCAUUUCAGGUAAAAUAACAGUUUAAUGUUUAUAUCCCAGGACAAAUUGGCAAGCAACAGCAAGUUAGCUAAAUAGGACAAAUUAACGUUAGCUAGCAAGCUAACUAGCUGAAUUGCCAUACAUGUUUAAUGCUUUUCGACCUGUCCCCAAAUUAAUGUAAUUGGUUCAGAGUUUGUUUUGAUAUUUUAACCUGCGUGUUGUGAUGACGUUUGGUGUGGGGGCAAAAUAAAUGUAUGCACGAUAGCGCACACGCGCGCA